CUGGGACAGUUCCUUGUUCCAGCUAGUGGGUGGGAGAGCAGGUUUGAGGAGGAGCUACACCCAGAUCCCGCUAGGGGCUCAGCUGCUUUGGGGAACAUGCAGGGGAACCCCCAAGAGCUUUGGUCCUGCUGCCCUGGCCUACUCCAUUCUGCCUAGAUCUUACCUGCUGUCCCUGGCUUAAUCACUGGCUGCCAUGUGCCCCUAAUGUCCAGGUGCUAGGGCCCAGCAGGGGUGGAAAGAGGGCCAUAAUCCCUAAGGCUGAGGUGGGCGGGGUAUGGGCAGGCAGACACCUCUGCUAGCUCUGUGCCAGGCCUGUGAGCGAAGGGGUUGCAGUUUGGCAGGGUGCCACCUUCCCUCACUGUCCCUGACAGUAGUCAUCCUGGGCCCUGUCCUGCCUUGGGGAAAGAAUGGGCCCCUCUGUCUGCAGGCCCCUACAACGUGCUGAGCAUCCAGACAUGGCAAGGAGCCCACAGGGUGUGGGGUCUCCUCUGUGGGGUCCUGCCUAUUGCCCAUUUCCAGUGGGCAGGGUGCACAAUGGGGCCUCUAAGGACUGUUCCCGCCACUGGCCCCAUUGUUGCAGUCUCCGCCUUCUGCCUUCCUCCUUGGCGGCAUCUCUGCCACAUAAAGGGCCAGUGAGGUUUGGUACAGACAAAACUAGAGGCCUUAGGGCUGAAAGCCUUGGGUGGGAGUGGGGGUGUGCAAGGUUGCCCCAGAUCAUCUGAUUCCUCUCACCCCAACCCCUCAGCUCCUGGGAAAGAGAGAGCCAGAGCUCAAAUGCUAGGGGCCCUCUGGGCCAAGUGAGUGCCAGUGCUGCUUUUCCAUCCUUGCUUGUCUGCCCUCACUGGGGAAAGGGUCAGGGGUGGGGCAGAGGGCAGAGGGUGGAGGCCCUGCCCAGGCCCAGACCUGAUGAAUCCUUCAUCUUCAGACAAAGAGCUGAGCCUGGAAAAGGGACAGUCUGUAUAGGGCCCACAAACAAGGUCCUUCCUCCAGAUUCAGCCAACUUAGGCAGCUAGCCCUGGGAGCAUGCAUGGUGGGUCACCUCCAGCGCUGUCCUGGAACUUCCAUGGGUGACUUGUCUUACUGCUGCACACACAUGCGGGUAUGCAGACCACUUGCCUCUUGUAGGGGAUGACAGGAGUACUCGUGGGAAGUGUAGCUUCCCUGGAUAGCAGGCGCUGCCAGGUUUCCUCCAACUGCCCCUCUGUAGGGUCCCUGAUGCUUCCUCUAAUUUCUCUAAAGUCCCAACCAUGGAGUGCUCAGAUGGUUGCCCUUUCCUUCUCAUCAUCCACACUCCUCACUGGAGAGCUGGACCAGCGGACCAGUAACACUCGGACCAUUCCCUGGACUGUCUGCCCUGCCCCAACCUCCACAGACCAGAGGAAGAGGAAGCUGGUGUGUUCUCUGGCUACUCCUUCUCUCCUUCCUUGAGAGGUUUCCCCACCAGGGCUGAGUAGCAUCUUUACCUGCAGCACCAGCCAGCUGCCUACAGCUCCUCCCCUGGUGGCUACGGACUGCCUCCCAGUACACCUGUUCAGAAACAUGCUGGGCAGAUACCCUGGGUGUAUCCUGGCCUCCACUUACCUGCCCCAAGAAGCACCAGACCUCUCACACACAAAGUCUCCCUGGCAAAGUGCUGGCUUUGCAAUCAGCAUUCUCACAGGACACAAAAGUCAGUAGUGGUUGUGGUUGGGCUGGGGCUUCAUGCCUGCCCUGGGGACCAGUGGCCAAAGUGGGAGGGGAGACAGGGAACAUGUGUGGGUGAGCACAUGGACUGGAGUUACAGGAGCUGGCCAGAGGGCCCUUGUUAAUCAGACACAGCUCCAGGUGUGUGCUGACUCACAGGUAUGCACCUGGCUGCUGAGUGCCCAGGGGCUGAGGAGCAGAGUGUGUGGUGUGAAUGUAAGAGAGAAGAGGGGUGUGUAUGCUAGCAGGUCUGUUAGGUGGAUUCAUUCAUUAAACAAGUUUUUUUUGAGUGCCUUAUAGGUGUGGCUGCAGGCACUGGGAGGGAAUAAUGCGUGGAGCCACUGACAGGAAUGGGUGCUGCUUAAGCACCCCUGCCUACAGCUCAGUUCACAGCCUCCCUUUCUGGGGAGGGCCCCGUCACAGACCCUCUCCCCCCCCCCCAGAAGAUAGGACAUUCUGAUCUGGGUGAGCCUGGCUGCCUCCUCCCCAGUGCAAAAGACUUUCUUGCCACCCAGGAACAUCUGUUUUUCAGGGCUGGUUAGGUGGGUGGGGAUCAAUGUGCAGGUGGCACUUGAGACACUGCACAUAGGAGACAGGGUAGUGGUCUUGGGCAUACUUACUCUGUAUGGAAGAAGCUUCCAUACCUGUUGGGGCUCCUCACCAGAGCCCUGGUGGCUGUGAAGGAGCCAGACCAGGACAUGUGCAUAGGCAAAUCCCCAGCAUUCACCAGGCAGUGGCCAUGGCCCAGCUGCUUAUGCAAGGCUCUGUCCCUCCACUUACCUCCCCAACCCCCAGGCUUCACAAUGUCACCUCCAGGAACUCCUCAAUCUUUUUUGUUUUCUGGAAAAGAAAGGUGAUUUCUCUGGUUCCUGGGGUUCUAUCUUCUGCCCCCACAACUGGGUUAGCUUCCAGUGCCCCCCCACACCUGUCACAUCCGUCUCCCCUCCCACGUUCGUUAGCGCCUGCAUCUGUCAAGGCCGCCUGCUAUAUCUCUCUUUGCUAACUCAUCGUCCUUGGUCCUUUCCUUCGGACCCCAGAGCUUCAUCCAUUCGCCGCCCACUGGGCUAAUCCUCUUCAGCUGUGGGAGGGAACCGGAAGGGUGUCCUCCCUGGAUUUGGCUGGCUUUCCUGGCGUCCGGGUCAGUGGAGCCCCCACCGCUUUCCCGAGGCAGAGUCACGGGGGCUGGCUGUGACCCAGGGCCUGGACACUGUCCCACUCCUAGUGAGCGCCUUGCCUUCUGCCUUCUGAGCUUGAUCCCCAGGGCUCUAGACACAGAGCACAAGCUUCCAGCUGGUUCUAGGACCAGGACGCCCUCCAGCCUCAACAGGACCCAUAAUCUCUGGGCAACCUCCUCCCACGGCCAGACCUUCAACUCGCAGCCCGCUUUCCCUCGGGCCUCUAGCCCGUGAGACUGUCAGAGGCAACGCGUCUCCCAGAACUAGGAUGUGCGUUCCACGGCGGCAGGGCCCGUCUGUCCCCUCCCAGGGGUCUCUAGAGCUCAGAACAGGCCCUAAAUAACCGUCCGUCCACAGAGUAGGCCGACGGAGCCGACUGUCGCAGGGUUCAGUCAGGAAAAGGUGGGGUAAAGCCUGCCAGGGUCGUCGCUCACACGGAACCCGCGGGAGGGGAGCUGAGGCGGAGUCGAACCAGCUACGCACCGGCAACUUCCGGUGUCUAGCCACAGCCUGCGGGAGGCACCGGGCAGGUCGGCUACGGCACGCCCCUACCUCCGGGCCGAGGCGUGAGGGUCUCAGACCCUAGUGGGGGAGCGACCCUAGGGCUAAAGACCCCGAGCCGCGUGUCCCGCAGCCAUGGAACAGGAUGACCCGGCCGAGGCGUUGACGGAGCUGCGCGAGCGGCGGCUGGGAGCGCUCGAGCUGCUGCAGCUGGCGGCAGGCUCAGGCCUGGUGGCUUACGUGACCUGGGCGCUGCUGCUACAGCCAGGUUUCCGCCGCGUGCCUCUGCGGCUGCAGGUGCCCUACGUUGGUGCCAGCGCGCGGCAGGUCGAGCAUGUGUUGUCGCUGCUGCGAGGCCGCUCUGGAAAAAUGGUGGAUCUGGGCUCCGGCGACGGCAGGGUUGUAUUGGCUGCCCACAAGUGUGGCCUCCGCCCGGCUGUGGGCUAUGAACUGAACCCAUGGCUGGUGGCGCUGGCACGACUGCAUGCCUGGAGGGCUGGCUGUGUUGGCAGUCUCUGCUACCGCCGUGAGGACUUUUGGAAGGUGAGCCUGAGGGACUGCCACAACGUGUCUGUGUUCCUGGCCCCCAGCGUGCUCCCACUCCUGGAGGACAAGCUGCAGGCAGAGCUGCCCCCAGGUGCCCGGGUGGUCUCUGGGCGCUUUCCUCUCCCCACCUGGAAGCCUGUGGCUGUGGUGGGCGAGGGUGUGGACAGAGUCUGGGCCUAUGACAUCUGUGGUAGUGGGUUGACUGGGGAAGCCAUCUCCUCUUGGGGCAUGCCAAUCACGGUUGGCCCAGAACCUGGUUCCAUCUUGGUUCCUGGGGCCCCUGUUUCUCAGGCUGGCUAAUUUCAGACACAAUAAAGACCCUGUAUUCUA